AUUGUUUUUUGUGCCCUUUCCCUCUCGUCAAGCCUCGUCUGUGCUCUCCAGGCCCUUGCCUAGACGGAUCGAAUAUCUCGCCCUCAAGCCUUGGGAGGACUUUGCCAAACCUUGCUGUCUCACCUCGUCGCGGCCCUGCCUCACCCUUCCUCAUCCCGCUUCUCGUCCCCCGUUUGAUCUUAAAGCGGACAAGUUCCCCUCGACCUGCUGUCCCAAAUUCUGCGCCUCUCACACCCACGUUCUCUCUUCGCACCUCUCUUAAUAUCAGACCUUCAGCCUCCUAACCUCAGUCACUCUUUCACCUUACGCUCUAGUCCAUGACUUGAGCCGACGCCCCUCGUUACCGCUUGAGAAGAGAAUACGCAUGCCUAUCCUCGCCUGCUACACUGAUCUCGCACGCUCGCUCCGCACGCACAUCCAGACACACACACACACACACACACACACACACACAUUCAUUUACCUUGCCAUUCAGCCACAUAGCAAACCUCUGUUGACGGGUUAAUCCUUGAAGCUCAAGCAGCUUUGCCGUAUCAACCAUGGCCUACUACCAAGACUACCAGACUCCAUACGAUUAUGCUGCCUUCAGCACCCCGUUCCCCGGAAACCUGUACCAAAAUGAGUACAACAUGGAACUCUACCGACAGCAAGCCGCCAUGAUGAAUCGAGGCAUGUUCCCGGGUGUUGGCGGAAAGGUCACCGAAUCCAAGCCAAGACUUGCUAAGGACGAAGUCGACAAGCUUGAGAGGGAGUUCCAGAGGAACAAUAAGCCCAACAGCAGCCUGAAAAAGCAGCUUGCCGAGGAAAUGAGAGUCGAUAUUGCAAGAAUCAAUAAUUGGUUCCAAAACCGUCGAGCAAAGGCGAAACAGGAGAAGAGGGCGCAGGAGAACGAGGCUCGCCGCAAGUCGGAGCAGGCCGCCGAUGAAUCGACAAACUCCGAAACCAUUAAAGAGUCCUUCCACGACCACGAUGACGACCUCCGCCCGUCCAAAGCCCCUUUCCCCCCCGUUAAGGCACAUCCCGGCGUGACUAGCAGCCGUGAGAGCUCGCCAUCGGAAGGGACCGAGACCCCGGAGCAAUCCGCAGAACAACCACACGUCAUUGCGGAAGAGACAGAGUCGGAGUAUGCCUCGCCCGAGUCGUCCAACUCGUUCCAGCACCAAGACCUCAAUAUCAGCUACGCCCUCGCCUCCGACGCGUUCUUCUCGGACCAGCCGUCCUGCGACUUCACGUCAUCCAUGCCAUUGGAGGCAUCCCACCCGACACCCGGACACUUGACUCUUUCGAUACCCAACCAGUUCAUGUCGCACCUUCCCGAGUCGACGAGCGCCUCGUCCUUCUCAUCAUACCAUCAUCUGUCUAGUGCGAGCGACUUCGGAGAUUCGCUUGCACCCAUGGCGCAUAGCUUGUCUGGUAACUUGACCGAACCGAUCCCCAUCAACAUCAAGCAAGAGCAGAUGCAAGCCGAGGCCCUGAACAGGUUUGAUCCGUUCUCCCCUGCGUCGAUGUCUCAGUCGCCGCCAGAGAUGUCCACCUCAGACUUGCGUUUCAGGUCGCCCUCGACUAUCGACAUCGCCAGCAGGAGAAACUCGAAGCGGCCCGCACAGCUUGUUAGCUGCAUGCGAAGCCAAUCAUACAACUAUUCCGGCCCCAAGACGGGCAUCGAGAUGCCUAGGAGGAUGGAGGCGCCGAGCCCAAUGCGCCGCGUUGCAUCUGCAACGGGCAACUUUCCUAGAGGGAUUCAGAAGAUGUCCAGCUCAGGCCCGCGAUCGCCACUGUACUUUGACCGUAACCAGGAGAACCUCCUUCUGCAGAUGGCCUCAAGGUCCCCGGUAUCACGAAGCCCGGCAGCGCCACCCACGCCAAACACGCCGAUUGUCCCUAGCCAACAGGCGCUGCGCGAGACGACCGUCUCUUCCAUGUCCUCGGCCGAUGACGAAAAGAGCUAUAGCCACCAGAACACCCUGACCGUGCCCCAGUACGCCAUGGACCCGACCAUGAGGACGCCGCCCGACACCCCUGGCAUGCUGACGAUGCCGAACUCCAUGUUCCCUACAUUUGACUUCAACGUGCCUGACGAUCCGCUCCCUACGCCCAGCUUUGGCGGCUUUGAGCAGGAUUUCCCUGCCUUGUCGACGAGCAUCCCGAGUUAUGUCGCACACGGUUGCGCAAGCCAGCCGGUGACACCAUCGUACCCUCCCGGCAACAUGGGGCCGGCAUUUUACUCGUCCUACGGCGGCGGUGGCAACACUGAGUACAACUGGUCGGAUGCCUCUGCCGUCUCGGCCAAGCCGUCACCUGAUCAGUCACGGUCAAGACAGUUUCAGUUCACCAACAUGACUGCGCAAGAUUUCCACGGAGAGUGAGGCGUUGCCUGUCUCAGUGGCUGCUUUUGACCUCAAUCCUGCAUAUAUCCGCAUGGAUGAGGACCGUUAGGGACAUAAGUUCCCUACAUACCAGUAGCCGCACGCAGUGUGGACUUUUUUUUCUUUGUUUAUCACGCAACCGCCAACUGGGCGCUGUAUAACAACAAAGCAUGGGAAGGUAUUAGGCGCGUAUUUUUACUUCGUACCUACAGCGACUGCGAUAUCAUUGGUCAUCGGCGCGUCACCGGACUACUCGGAUUAGGUUUUCAUUUUCGUUUUAAGAAUGGUUUUUCUUCUUUCCUUUUCGUCUUUCUCUGUCAGACACACUGCUCGCUUCAGCAAUGAUUUCCUUUUUUUCUAUGAUACCUACUGCAUACACAUCAAAGAAACCAUUCUCUUAACCUAAUGUAAUGAUAUACAUACGGCUUAUGUCCUGCUGGCGGUGGCGCUGUUUGUGGCUGAAGAGGAAAGCAAGAGAGGGGGGGGAGGGGGGGCGGUCAUGGACCUGGAUGCUCCAACGGAAGGAAUAGGACACUUGGAAGGGAAGGAAAUUACGGAUUUCAAAUCAUGAUUUGGCCAUUGGGUCAUCGGUGGUAAGCUGUGCACAUACAGAUUGGCACACACGGGGUGACACAUAUCCGAGGUGCGGUAUGGUUGGGAUGGCGUUACUCUUCCGGCGGUCCUGGGGUACCUAGGCAUACCAAAAUAGGAUGUGGAAGCAAAAUAGAGAAUUGCCGUGAAUACACACCUUUCGUUCGAAUCGUUUAUGCUGGGUGAUAGACGAGAGUGGUUGAGCUUCCUUGGUGUGGCCCAUGGCUCACUGAGAGCCUCACCAAGCCCCUUCCUUGCCUGGCCGUAAGGUAGUGAUUUGUUAACACCCAACCAAUGUAAGCAAUGGGGCGUGGUGGGAAGUUGCUAGCUGUCGGUCAUAAGUCGCUGGGCCUACAGCAACUAAGCUUGUUUAGCUUUGACAUACCCUGCACUUUCUGCAAUAUCUACUGUGUGAUCCCUCAUGAGUGUUGCCGGCAAGCCUUCCUAUUUAUUCUGAUGUUGGCAUUGCUGGUCCCGAAACUAUUACGUUUCACCGGGGCAUAGAAGACAGUCAUUCAGACAAGUAUUUCCUGCAGCGUCUCGUCCAGGGCCGCCCUCGAAUGUUUGCGCCAUCGCGGAUGCCGU